CCCACCCCGGCCGCUCUGCUCCCUGGCGUGACUCGGCACUGAGAGUCCCGGGGAAGACGCCGCGGUCGCCACCUCCUGUGAUCAGGCCUCGGCCUUCCUGAGCCUCCCGCUCUUCCUCUCCCGGGUCGCCUUCUUCAGUUUUGAAGCCGGUGGCGUCGCGGCCGCCCUGCCGGGCUGAGAAUGGUGGGAGUGAAGCCGGUCGGGAGCGACCCGGAUUUCCAGCCGGAGCUGAGCGGCGCGGGCUCCAGACUCGCCGUGGUCAAGUUCACCAUGCGAGGGUGUGGACCAUGUUUAAGGAUUGCCCCAGCAUUCAGUUCUAUGAGUAAUAAGUAUCCACAGGCAGUUUUCUUGGAAGUAGAUGUACAUCAGUGUCAGGGAACAGCUGCCACCAACAAUAUAUCAGCAACACCUACAUUUCUGUUUUUUCGAAACAAAGUGAGAAUUGAUCAGUAUCAAGGAGCAGAUGCUGUUGGAUUAGAAGAAAAAAUCAAGCAGCACUUAGAAAAUGACCCUGGAAGCAAUGAGGACACAGAUAUUCCAAAAGGCUAUAUGGAUUUAAUGCCUUUUAUUAACAAAGCUGGCUGUGAAUGUCUUAACGAAAGUGACGAGCAUGGAUUUGACAACUGUUUACGAAAAGAUACGACCUUCUUGGAAUCUGAUUGUGAUGAGCAGCUUCUCAUUACUGUGGCAUUUAAUCAACCUGUUAAGCUUUAUUCAAUGAAAUUUCAAGGGCCAGAUAAUGGUCAGGGUCCUAAAUAUGUAAAAAUUUUUAUCAAUCUACCCCGAUCUAUGGAUUUUGAAGAAGCAGAAAGAAGUGAACCAACUCAAGCUCUGGAACUAACAGAGGAUGAUAUUAAAGAAGAUGGUAUUGUCCCACUUCGUUACGUUAAAUUUCAGAAUGUUAACAGUGUAACUAUAUUUGUUCAGUCCAAUCAAGGUGAAGAGGAAACAACAAGAAUUUCAUAUUUUACUUUUAUUGGUACACCAGUCCAGGCAACAAAUAUGAAUGACUUCAAACGAAGAAUACACAUUGGCAAGUUGAGAGUUAUCAACCUGUGAAACAGUAGUUGGCAAAAAAGGAGAAAGCCACUAAGGUACAAAAGACACUGGAAGAGCAUAUUGCAAUCAGAUCUACAGCUCCUGGAUAAUUGCUUGAUUCUCGCCAGAGACUGUCAAUAUUCCCUUCAUUGCCAUUACCAAUAAAUCAUUGCUUUUGUUCGGAUGGUA